AUGGCGUCGCCGCAUGAAGACGAUGUCUUCGAAAGGCUCAAGAACAAGACGGAUCUGAAGGAGCAGAAGCGUCAACAGGAUGAGCUCAAUGCGCGGCUGUACGCACAGCAGCAGAGGUCGCAGGAGCGCCUCGGAGAGCUGAUUGAAGAUAACUCCUCCCUGCCCGUGACGAUAUCGUCGGUUCGCAUCCUCCACGCCAACCGCACACGAAGAAGCUUCCUCGAGCGAGUAGUCAACCCCCUCCUGAGCGCAAACCGGGAAGAGCCAUACACGCUCGAAGAUGCGAUAAAGGAAGUUGGAGAAGCUACCGAAAAGCUCAACCGUUUUGGUAUCUUCAAGUCACCAAUAUCAGUCUAUCUCGAUCGCCCGAACCAGACCAUUGCCUCUUCUUCCCCUACCGAUGUCGAUGUCUACAUUUCGGCCGUCGAGCGCGGCAACUACACCAUCAAGACUGGAACCGAAGCUGGAGCCUCUGAGGCCGAUGCCUAUGUCCACGCCGAACUUCGGAAUCUGCUUGGUGGAGCAGAGACGCUGAACGCACACGGAUCGCUCGGUACGCGAACACGAUCAGCCUAUUCGCUUGCCUUCGACAGUCCCAUCCUCAGCAACCCCAACCUCAAGUUCCAGGUCAACGGCUUCGCGAGUUCAACGCUGAAGAGCUGGGCAAGCCACGAGGAAGUUCUCAAGGGUGGCAACUCCAAGCUGCUAUGGAGGAUGAAGAAUGGCGCCACACAUGAGUUCGGUUACUCGGGCAUCUGGCGACAGGUGACCAGUCUGGCUGAGAACGCAUCGCCCUCUGUCCGCGCAGACGCUGGUGACACUUUCAAGUCCAGCAUCUCGCAUACCUGGAUCAAUGACAAGCGCGACUACCCUCUUCUCCCGAACAGCGGCUACUUCUUCAAGACUGUGUCCGAACUCGCAGGUUGGGGCCCAUUGAAGGGCGACACAGCAUUCUGGAAAUCAGAGGCAGAGUCGCAAGUCGCCCUCCCCUUUGGCGACACAGGCAUCACGCUUACCGCUGGUCUGCGAGGUGGUCUUCUGUACCCCAUGACACUGGGUGGAGGAAGCCAACCCCAGGCUUCGCGCAUUAACGACCGCUUCCAGCUCGGUGGUCCCAACAACGUACGCGGGUUCCGCAUUGCUGGCCUCGGCCCUCGUGACGGUGCCGAUGCGCUCGGUGGUGACAUCUACGCAGCUGGUGGCGCGUCGCUCCUCCUCCCCAUCCCACGCGUCGGCAAGGAGACACCUCUCCGUCUCCAAGCCUUCAUCAACGGUGGCCGCCUCCUUGCCCUCAAGAACCCCAACUCCAAGAAGGAGGACGGAUCUUUCAGCAGCUCAAGCGAUGUAACAGGCGCCAUCCAAAAGUCCUUCUCUAGCCUCACUUCCGAACUUCCCAGCUGUGCAGCCGGUCUAGGACUCGUCUACGCACACCCCGUUGCGAGGUUCGAAAUCAACUUUUCUCUCCCACUAGUCAUGAGGGCCAAGGAGGAAGGCAGGAAAGGAUUGAGCUUCGGUGUUGGCAUCGAGUUCUUGUAA